AUGCAUACAAUCCCUGAUGUGAGUACAACGGCAGUAAAAUUAGAAUCACAAUCAAGAAAACGUCCAACUGAGGAAGUUAUCAAAUGUGUAUCUUCUGUUCUUAUUCCUCUUUUGAUUGCUGUGUUCACCGUCGUUAUUGCAAUCAUCCAAUUCAAAAAUGCCGCCGAGACACGUAUUCAAGAUUUGAAAAUUGCAGAAGAACAACGAGAGCAAGAAGAUAGAAUACAAGAAAAGCGUAGAAAUGAAGAUCGUUCGAUAGCCAAAGAUAAUCGUGAUAAAGAUUUUGAAAUUGCGAAUCGGACACGCGAGCAAGAUUUGCAGAUUGAAAAUGAUCGGCGAGUAGAAGAUCGUCGAACAGCCGAAGCUAGUCGACAGAAAGAUUACGAAAUCGCCCGACAACAACGAGAACUAGAUUUAGUUCUAGCCGAUAAUCGCCAAAUGGACGUCGUUUUAGCUACCUAUUUCAAAGAGAUGUCGGACUUAUUUCUGUCACCUAACUUCACUCUUGGAGAUAAUAAUAUCAUGGCAACUGUAAUUCGAGCAAAAACACUUACUGCUCUUCGACAAAUGGAUACAAAACGAAAAGCUUACAUUAUUCUCUUUCUCUUCGAAUCGAAAAUGUUGACAAACAAUCAACAUCCAAUUGAUUUAAGUGGAGCAGACUUGGACGGACUGGAUCUUAGCGUCAGUCCACGCAUGCGAUACAUGAAACAAGCGAGUUUACGAAAUAUUUCGUUGAUGCAUAUUUCACUUGCCAAUGCAACAUUUGCCAAUCGUGAUCUGUCCGACAGCAAUUUUAAUUUUGCUACUCUAUCAAACGUCAAUUUUGAAGGUUGUCACAUAGAGAGAACAUCUUUUCUUAAUGCAACACUGCAAAAUACUAAGUUUGGUGAUGCUUUUGUACGCGAUACAGAAUUCUCUGGCUCAGAUCUAAAUGGAUCUAAUAUAUCACCAAUUCAGAUGCGUUACAACUUGCUAAUGUUCGAUGUUGUUUUACCCUCAGGCUUUCUACAACGUGAUCCAAACUUAUUGCUGAAUGGUGACGCUGAACAAAAAGUGUGUUCGAAUGGGACUAUAGCUACAAUUGAGCUUGAAGGUGGAUGGGAACCAGUUCGUACUAAAGGCCUACACCUUGAGAAUCCAACACUUUAUGAAUAUUCACCCAAUGUAUUUCGUCAAACUGGAACAGGAGCAUGUUUCUUCUUAUUUCUAGCGUUCGUUCAUGGUGGCAUGACUGUUAAAGUUUAUGUUCCAGAUCGUCUAAAAAAUGUGCAACAAGCCUCAUGGCGUGUGCGAGCUCAAUGUGGUUUUUUGGGUCAUCAACAAGAGAGGACUCACUUUGAACUGAGCCUUGUAGAACGAGGAGAUGUUCCUUCCAAGGAACUUAUUGUGGACAAUGUUACUACACUGAGCUCUGAAAUAGGCGUAAGAAUGCCAUUUAACUCCAAAGCAACUUAUGUGGAUUUGACUAUUGAAUUCAAACGUGACGCAAAUGUAAAGAUUAAUGAUUCAUUUAUCGGCUAUUGUGAUAACAUUUAUCUAGCUCUUGAUCGAUCAUUUUGGUUUCCCAUUGUCGAUCCAUGGGAAGUAGCAUACUUAGAGUACGGAUAA